AUGUAUGGUGCAGAAUCGACGGCUCAGGCCUUCACUAGGGCGGAAGUCAAGGAGCUUGCAGGGAAGCCUAGUGGCAGUGUGCCAUUCAUUCUGCACGACAAAGGCACGUUCAAAACAGUAUACGACGUGGCAGGGUACCUGGAAGAUCACCCGGGAGGCUCCGCCAUCCUCAAGGGCGCCGCCGGCACCGACGCCACCGCAGCCUUCGACGACGUCGGUCACUCGGAAGAUGCGCGGCACCUGCUCCAUCGCUUCUGCAUCGGACAGUUGACCGAGAGUGAGGUGCUCAAAGCAAAAGUUCGCAGCGUAUUCAUCUCGCGCAAAAUCAAAGUCUCAAGUGACGGCGGCAGGCUCAAGCAGCUUCUACGAGCAGUGAUGGCGCUGGUGUUCAGUCAAAGUUUCGCCCAGAAUAUCCUGACGAUCGCCAGCGCAUUACUCGUGGCAAAGCUUCUGUGGCCCGGCUUGUUCGCGUGGGGGCACCUGGCCGCGUACGUCGAUCGCAUAUCUGCGUUCUGGCGCGGGGUGGCUCUUGCAACCAUUGGCAGUGGGGCGUGUUUCUCAGGGCUCGGCUGGCAGUUCAGCAAGACGAUUGUCAUGGCCAAAGGUUUCAGGAUGCACCCACCCGUGAUGCGGCCAGUCAAGGUCCUCAAGGGCGCUGGUGCUGAUAAGACGAGCGUGGCCGAAGGGGCGGAAUCGACGAUUUGGGCGCCUGUGCAGCUUAUCCGUCGAGCACAAACCGCCAUCGACACUUGUCACAUCACUUUCCGGACCGUGGAGCGUGGAGCAACUGGACGGCGCCAGUUGACGGUCCCUGCGGGUCAGCACAUCCAGCUACGCGCUCAAAUCGGACGUCUGCAAGUCACCCGCAGCUACACGCCUGUGUCAACGCAGGCAGACGCUAGUGGGUACACUACGCUGACACUGGCCGUCCGAGUGUAUCCCGACGGGAAGAUGGGACGACUCCUGAGCGAGCUGCCACUGAACGCGACAACAAUCGAGUGCCGAGGUCCAGUGGGCAGCUUCAAAGGCUACCAUCGCUUCCUCUGUGACGAGAUCGGGGCCGUGGCUGGCGGGUCCGGAAUCACGCCGCUGUACGGCCUGAUCAAGCGUAUCUGCGAGGACGAGAAGGAUGACACCAAGAUCCGUCUGUUGUACGCGAAUAAAUCAAGCGACAAGGUUAUGCUUGGGCCUGAACUUGACGAGCUAGCUCGAACGUAUCCGGACACAUUUCAACUGCACUACUUCUUCACAAAGAUGGAUCCGACGGCAGCGUCGACGGUGGCGUCCAAGGAUGCGGGUGGAAGCGGCAAGGGUGCAGCCUCCACGGCAUCUGCGGUGGGCGGAGACACAUCGUUACGCAAUGUUCACGCCGGAGCCAUCUCCAUUGGCGAGUUGAAGGCUCUGCUGCCUGCAGUCAGCGCCGAGAGCAAGUAUCUGCUCUGCGGUCCGGACGCCAUGGUGGAGCAAAUGGGGCGAGAUUUGGUGAAGAUGGGGACGAGGGCGCCACAGCCGGUGGGGCAUGUCACCGACCAGGUCUUUGUGUUCUAG